AUGGUUCCUCACGCUCUUCUCGUUGCUUUUCCUUUACAGGGUCACAUUAAUCCCAUGAUGCAGCUCGCCUGGAAGCUCGUCUCUCAUGGAUUCCUUGUCACUUUCCUCAACUCCGACAGCAAUCAUAAUCGCAUACUCAAAGCCAACACUCCAAAUUCUUUGCAUGAUAACAUCCGAAUGAUAUCCGUUCCCUUUGAAUUCCCUGUUAUGGAUACUCUGGAAGGCAUUGCAAAUGGCAUGGAGGCGUUGGGAAAGGACAUGGGGCCUUCUGUAAUUGAUAGAGUAGUUCGGGAAAUAAAUGCUAGAAAUGAAGAAAACAAGCUCACCUGUAUAAUUGCAGACGCCUGGAUGUGCUUUGGCUUACAGUCGGUGGCUACGCUCCAUAAAAUUCCCCUCGCCGCUUUCCACACUGCUCUCACUUCAUUUUUUGCCAUCUACUACUUUAGUCCCAGUCUGGUCUCGCUUGGCAUCCUUGCUUCGGAUGGAACUCCAAAGAAAGAUAAAACAGUAAAAUUUCAUUCCUCCAUGCCGGCGCUGCAUUCGGGAGAUCUUCCGUGGUUGUGGGCAGGCGAAUACAUGUUUAGAAAAGGGAUUCGUAUGGCAGAGGAAGUCAAACACAUCAAAUGGGUCCUCUUCAAUUCAUUCUUAGAGAUCGAAGUUCCAUUAGUCGAAACGUUGUCCAAAGAAGUGGGAGUGUAUCCAAUAGGUCCUCUAAUUCCUCCCGAGUUUCUCCAUAGCAGGACAAGCACAAAGGUCCUCCCAAGCUUCUGGAAAAAUGACACAGAAUGUUUACAGUGGUUAGAUAAACACUAUGCCCACUCUGUGAUAUACAUAUCUUUUGGAAGUAUUACAGUUCUGAGUGAAAAGCAAGUGGAAGAGCUUGCUAUGGGAAUGGAGGCAACCCGGAGACCAUUUCUGUGGCUUUUGCGCCCCGAUCUGAUGAAAGGAAGCGAAGCUAUUUUACCUGCAGAUUUCUUGGAGCGUGUGAGAGAUAGGGGUUGCAUAGUUUCGUGGGCCCCACAGUUAGAGGUGUUAUCUCAUCCUUCCAUAGCCUGUUUUGUGACUCACUGUGGAUGGAACUCUGUGCAGGAAAGCAUCACCAUUGGCGUGCCCAUGCUUUGUUGGCCUUAUUUUGCAGACCAGUUUCUUAACCGCACAUAUGUUAUUGAUGUGUGGAAAUUGGGUUUACCAUUAAAUGCGAAUAGCGAAGGAAUUAUAGAGAAGGGAGAGUUUGUAAAAGGCUUAGAGAUUUUGCUGGAAUCGGAACAAGGCCUUGAAAUAAGAGAGGAAGCUAGAAAAUUGAAGAUAAUUGCUUUUUGGAGCCAUUGUUUUGUUUCAGGUCUUUCAUUAUCGUGCAGAGAGGGACCCUGUUUUGUUUCAUUUUGUCUCUUGUGUCCUACUUCCACAUAA